GUCAGUGCUGUGUGUAAGUUGACUAUACAAACUAUUUGGAAUUUCCAACAAAUGAAUGUUUCUUACAAAAAACUAGAAGUCUUUCCUCAACUCUUAGCCAGGAGAGACUGGCAUGCACAGUAUUAAUAUUAACCCUCUGAUUACAAUGAAGAGCAAGACAUGCCGCUCUGUUCUGGGCCAGCUGAAGCUUAACUUGCUCUUUCUUAUUAAUGUGUUACAUAUACCUUUGAUUCUUAAGUAAUAUAACUUACAAACUUAGUACAGAAUCCAUAUAUCAUAACCCAAACAAUGUAAAGUUUCAAAAUAUACAUAAGCUGUUGGUCCUUCAGUUGAGAACAAUAGAAGGUUUUUCAAGCCCAUCCCUCAAGUUCAGCUGUUUAGUUGAAAAAUGAAUUGUGGCUAUUGUACUGUAACUGGGUUCACCACAAAACAAAGAGUACAUGAAAUGCAAUACCCAUGUCUUUUCAGUGUAUUUAUAACCUAUUGUUCGUGUUGUGCCCAAGAACAUCCCUUAGCCGUGUGUAUUUAUGAUCAUCCAUGGGUUCUCAUGCCUUAUUGCUUCAUUCAUAUUUCAUUAUGUUAUUAAUCCUAUUUUCAUUUUUUUUAAAUGAUCUAUAUGCAAAGCUUGCUAAAGUAGUCUUUAGAACAAUACGGUCGUGAGAUAGACCAGGCUUGAUAAGUUGGCACAAUCGAGGGCUUUGUGCUCUGUGGCUCUCUGCAUUUUUAUUUUUAAACUAUUUGCUAGCCCUCCUAUCAGCUUGCAUCUCAGACUUGAGUCCAGUGUCUGCUCUCAAUAGCCUUCUGUAUAAAGACAGAAAAGAGCCCUUCCCCUGUCCCUCUACCCCCCUCACGCUCUCUCUCUCCCUCUCUCUUUCUCUAUGUGCCUCUCUCUCUUUCACACACUGACAAGUGCAAGUCCCCUGACAGGGAGCCUGAUCACUUUGAGAGUUGAAAGUGGAGGAGGAGGGUGCCAGAGACAUCAGGUUUGCAUAAUAUACAGAGAGAGAGAGCACCUGCCAGGUGAAUGGGCUUCGGUCAUAUGUAAUGAUAAGGAAAGUACUGGACCAUGAGGUGGGGUUGUGACAGCAUGUGUGACCCAACGGGAGCAGGAAAAAGGCACCAGUGGACCGGACAGCUCUUCUUAUACUCACUGCUAUACACUCUGAGGAGAAACAACCGUCCUAGGUUUCAACUUCAGUGGCAUUUUUAAUCUAACUGCAGUUGCUGGAUUUAUGCACAAAAGGAUAACCCUCAAUUUGGGACCAUGGUUGUCAAACAGGGGAGGCAAUGGAGGUCGAUGUGCAAAGGCCUUGUCCUGGGUGCCCUACUUACCAGCUGUAUGAUCCUGCUCUACUGCCUUUCUGCUCCACAGGUCCACUUCAACCUGCCCGAGGUGCCAGUGCCUUACUCCUGCGCUCAUCAGCCUGCUCAAACCCACGCCACACCAUUCACAAAUGGCUCCCAGCAUGCCGCGGGACAGACGGGCCUCUGCACUCCCAAAGUGGAUGUCAUGUUCAUGAAGACCCACAAGACGGCCAGCAGCACGCUCCUCAACAUCCUCUUCCGCUUCGGAGAAAAGCACAGGCUCAAGUUUGCCUUUCCAGACAGCCGUAAUGACUUCUUCUACCCAUCCCCAUUCCAACGCUCCCAGGUCAAGGACUACAGGCCUGGCAUGUGCUUCAAUAUCAUAUGCAACCACAUGCGCUUCAAUGCACCGGAGGUGGCCAAGGUGCUCCCCACAGACACCUCCUACAUCACCAUCCUCAGAGACCCGGCUGAGCUCUUUGAAUCCUCCUUCCACUACUUUGGCCGCCUGGUGCCCAUGACCUGGAAAAUACCAGGCAAGGACAAGGUGGGGGAGUUCCUGCGCGACCCCCGCCACUACUUUGACCCUGAUGGCUUCAACUCCUUCUACCUCAAGAAUCUUCUGUUCUUCGACUUCGGGCAGGACAACACUCUGGAGCUGGGCGACCCGAGGGUGGAGGAGGGCAUCCGGGCCAUCGCAGGCUGCUUCCAGCUGGUCAUGCUGGUGGAGCACUUUGAGGAGUCCCUCAUCCUGCUCAUGGACGCCCUCUGUUGGGAGAUGGACGACCUGCUCUUCUUCAAGCUCAACGCCCGGAAGGGCUCCACCGUGUCCAAACUGACCCCAGAGUUGAGGGCCAAGGCCCUGGAGUGGAACGCCGUGGACUGGAGGCUUUACCAACACUUCAAUGCCACCUUCUGGAGGAAGGUGGAGGCAUACGGGCACCAGCGGAUGGCUGACGACGUGGCGGAGCUCCGGAGGAGGAAUGCAGAGAUGGCGGCCGUCUGUAUUGAGGGAGGGCAUGCUGUGGAUGCAGAUAGCAUCCAGGAGACAGUCAUGCAGCCCUGGCAGCCCAUCGGGGAGAAGUCCAUCAUGGGCUACAACCUGAAAAAGAACGUGGACAAGGCCCACCUCAAGCUGUGCCGUAAGAUGCUCACACCCGAGCUGCAAUACCUGACAGAGCUGGGGGUCAACCUGUGGAUCACUAAGCUGUGGGGGCAUGUGAGAGACAUGAUCAACUUUGAGUGGACAAGCCGGGAGCUGCACUGCUGA